CAAAUCACACCACCAGCACCAUGAAAUACUCCGUUGCCAUUUUGUUUGUUGCCAUGUUCGCCUGUGCCUUGGCUGCUCCACCACAACAAGAGGCCCAGGUAUUGCGUUACGAUUCGGAUGUACAACCUGAGGGAUACAAGUUUGCCGUUGAAACCAGUGAUGGCAAAACACAUCAGGAAGAAGGUCAGUUGAAGGACAUUGGCACCGAUCAUGAAGCCAUUGUUGUACGCGGCUCCUUCUCAUAUGUUGGCGAUGAUGGCCAACAGUAUACCGUUACCUAUUUGGCUGAUGAAAAUGGUUUCCAACCCGAAGGUGAUCAUUUGCCACGUUUGUAAAGAC